GGGCAGCAAGGAUGAUCCGGGGACUGGCACCCGAGUCCUGUGAGGAGAGGUGGAAAGAGCGGGGCAUGUUUAGUCUGCGGGGAUAGGGGGGCCUCCGCAAGUAUGGGAAGGGCUGUCCCAGAGAGGAAGGCCGGGAUCACCUCGAUCGCACCAGAGUGGAGGGCACAGAAUGACGGGCUCAAGGGGCAGGAAGCCAGAUUCCAGCUUGACUUCAGGAAGAACGGCCUGUGACUGUUGGAGCUGUGUGACAAUGGAGCCCCUGACUGGGGACGGGGGGCUCCCUCACACUGGUGGCUUUCAGGGUGCAGCUGGACAGCCACCUGAGGAGGGUGGCGUCCCUGGGAGUCCUGUGCCGAGGGGAGGGGGUUGGCCCCCGUGCCGUUCCCACUCUGCUAUGGUCUGAAUUUGGGCCAGUUGCAGGGUUUCAGCCUCGCUUACCCAACAGGGUGGUUGUGGGGAGAAAAUGUAGGGGGCAAAACCUGCAGCCUGCGUUGGGUCCCUUGCAAGAGGAAGAACGGUGGGUUCCCAGGUGGGAUGGAGGAAAUUGGCGUCCUGCCCCAGCGGCGGGUUGGGCCCGGGGGCCUUUGUGGCCGCUUCCAGCUCGACGCUGUCCAAAGAGCAAGCCACGUGGCCUGCAGCACAGCCCUGGAACGGGGUGCGGGGCUGGGGCUGGGGCUGGGCUUGCCAGGGCUGCCUCACCCGGGCCCCCCACAGGCGGGCGCGUUGAGGGCUCCCGUGCCCACUCCUCUCUCCGCAGUGUGGCUCAGCAUCAUGCUUCCAGUCCUGGGAAUGAAGUCUCUCUCUCCCUACGCCAUCACCUACUUGGACCGGCUGCUGAUGCUGCAUCCCAACUUGACAAGGGGCUUCGGCAUGCUCGGACCCAAGGACUUCUUCCCUCUCCUGGACUUCGCCUUCACGCCCAACAACUCCUUACCCUCCAGCCUGCAGGAGCAGCUGCGCCAGUUGUAUCCCCGCCUGAAGGUGCUGGCCUUCGGGGCAAAGCCGGAGACUGCCUUGCACACCUUCUUCCCCUCCUUUCUGUCCCGGGCCCUCCCCAGCUGCCCCCCGGCCAUGAAGAAGGAGCUGCUGGACUGCCUGACCGCGUGCCUCAGCCUCGACCCGCUCAGCUUCAGCGUGUGGCGGCAGCUGUACGUCAAGCACCUCCCGCAGUCCAGCCUGCUCCUGAAUCACUUCCUGGAGACCUGGGACAGCACUCCCAGAAAGGUGCGAAGAUCUCUGCAGGAAACGGUUCGUUCCUUCACGGUCACCAAUGAGGAGCUGGCCACGAAAGGACCGGGCAGUACUCAAGACGUGGCGGCCUGUGGCGUGGCCUGCAAGGACCUGAUGCUCAAGGUGAGGGCGGGCAGCUUCCCCUGGCUGCGCCUGCUGCUGGUGCUGCUUGUCUUCACGACGGGGUUUCUGAUGCACGACGUCCGGACGCACGGCUCCUUCCAAGCUUCUGCCACAGCACGUGCCCUCCGCGCCUCCGGCAUCCUGUCGGCGUCCCAGCAGGCCUGGAGCAAAGCUUCCCAUUUCUCCGCGGAGGGUGGCAGCUGGCUGCGCGCCAACGUGCCGCUCUACUGCUCCCGCCUGGCGGCGGUGCUGAGACCCACCCUGGACCUGGCCUGGACCACGCUGGGGGAGCCGGCCGCCGGCCUCUGCGGGAGGUGCGGGGCGCAGCUGGCCUGGCUCGGAGACGGCGUCCUCGGGCUCGUGGAAUGGCUCCGGGCCCGGCUCCCGGACGCGGUGCUGCGUGCGGCAGGCUCCCUCAAGGAGCUGCUGCUCUUCCUCAUGCGGAACUACUUUCUUCCCGCCGUGGACCGUGCUGUGGCGGCCCUGGAUGGGCUCUGGAGGCUCUGGAUGGCCCCCUGCAAAGACGAGGAAACCUGGGACUGCGUGAGGAAGCAGCUGGUCAGCCUCACCCGUUCCUCCUGGACGUUCCUGCAGGACACGACUGUGGCGAUCAAGGACUGGGCCCUGGCCGCCCUCUCCGGGCACUAGCACUGGCCGUGGGCUCGGGCCAGGCAGCAGGGAACGCACCAUGUGCCGGCGAUGUGUGCCGGGCGCCGGCUGCAGGGCGUGGGUGGCACCGCUGACUGGCCGCUGGAGCCCCGGUCUUCAGGCCCUGUGCCCCCCACCGCAGCGCCCAGGGCUGGCCUCGCCACUGGCUCCGGCCUCGCCCAGCUCGUCCCCUGGGCUGGGGCAGGCACGGCUUGAGCGCUCUCUCCGUACCGUCCUCGUGCCUGCAGCCAGGACGCCGUUCCCCCAUACACCGGUGGUCGGCCCUUUCUGCCUGCAGCUCCCAGAAGGUGGUCGCUUGGCAUGGCCUCUGGAGCCAGGCCUCAGCUUGGGGGCUUGGGCGGAGAGCCCCGUCCAGUUGCCCUUCCCUCCGGCAGUGGCCGAUGGUGGAGCCGGGGGCAGCAGCUCUUGCCCUGCAGCAGGCCCAGCCAUGUGCUGGCUGAAGCGAGGGAGCAGGAGGGAAAGGGCAGCAGUGGGGGGGGGGGAACAGCUGGCUUCGUGGACCAGUGGUGACCGCUGUCGGUCGGGGGCACUGCCUGCCGCUCCUCCGCUUUGCGAGCUGCACUGGGCGGACGUUGCUGCCCGCCGCCCAGCCGGAGGAGCGGGCCAGGUGGGGACGGGGGCCUGGCGCAGCCCUGCAGCGCCCCAUCCCUCGCUCAGUGCAGGGAAGGGAGGUGCCCGAACGUGCGCUCCGUGGGAGCACUCGGCUGGCAGCAGCUUCGUCUGCAGCUGCCGCACGGGUGCUGCGGGCACCACUGUGCGUGGGUGCGAGUCUGCAGAAAGCGCGUUUUCGGGCCCCCCCGAUCGCUGCCCGGCACCGUUCUCGCCUUGCCUCGGCCGGCCUUGCAGAGGUGGUGGUACUCCGUCAAGACGAUUGUGUACGGCUCGCGUCACAUGCAAUAAAGGAAAAUAUAUUUGAUGACA